AUGUUUGCGCACCAAUUAAUAGGUUCGUUAGCCCGCCCGCCGGCACGAACACUGUAUGUACCAACAGCAAUCUACGCCAAACACUCUCCUGUGUGCCCUGUAGGCAAAGGUGGGUCCAAAGGAAGCCCCUCGGCAGGGGGUUCCAAAGGAGGGGGAUUAAAACGACGUCUCACAUCGGGUAAAGUACGUUUAGCAUUCAUCCCCGAAGAAUGGUUCCAAUUUUUUCAUUCGAAGACUGGAGUUUCUGGGCCGUAUGUUUUUGGCUUGGCUGUUGCUAAUUAUUGCCUUAGCAAGGAAAUUUAUGUCAUGGAGCAUGAGUAUUACCUCGGUUUAUCUAUAUUUAUAGUUAUAGCUCUAGUACAUAAAAAUUUAGGGCCAGCCAUAGCAGCCACUUUGGACAAAGAAGUCGACGAUAGAGUAAAUGAGCUGGAAAGCGGUAGAAAACUCGAAAAGGAUUAUCAUGAACAAACAAUUAAAUCUGCAAAAGAUGCCCAAUGGAGAGCAGAAGGGCAAAAGCUUCUGAUGGAUGCUAAGAAGGAAAACAUUGCGAUGCAAUUAGAAGCUAUUUAUAGGGAGAGAAUGAUGCACGUUUAUAAAAUGGUAAGAGGGCGUAUGGACUAUCAUUUAAAGAGAUACCAAUCGGAAGCCCGAAUACAUCAAAAAUGGAUGAUUGGGUGGAUACUAGAAAAUGUACAAAAGUCUAUAACACCAGAGUUUGAGAAACAGGCUUUAGAUAGAGCUAUUCAAGAUUUAGCUACCGCAGCGAGCCAGGCUAAUAAAUAG